UCAGUAUAACUACGAAGCGGAGUCGAUAGAAUUCAUAACGUAUAAUUUCCCCUUUGAAACGGUGCCGUCUUAUGUUUUUGCGACCCCUUCUUUCUCCUGUUUGUGUUCUUCCCUACUUUUGUAGAAGAAUGUCUUCAUCUUCAUCGACUAAAUCACAAAUCAUUAUUCCUUCUGUAAUUUUCUCUCUUCUCUAAACCCUUCCCUUUUUUCGUUGUUUUAUCGAUUUUCCAUGUUGUGUUUGUUUUUGGUUCUUGUUAUUUUCCUGCUACAUUACAGGAAUUUUCACUAUAAUAAGUCGGUUAAAUAGUUAUGUAUUUGCACUUUCAAGUUGCAAGUAAUAUUACAAAGAGGAUAAUCAGGAUUCAGGACGAAUCAUAAUACUAGAUUACUAGGGUUAAUCGAACGGUCAUCCCGACAAAUAUAUAGAACCCAAUUAAGGUUGAGAUGAAGAGAAGUGAUGAUACUUCGAAUGAAAAUCAAAGAGACCUUGUCAUGAGAACACCAACUCGAAGGGUACGAUUGGAUUUAAAUGGCAUUCAUAAACAUCUGGGAUUUAGGAAACAGCCUAAUGUCUCCGAAACAGUUAGCAGUAAUGCAAAUUACCAAUCUAUGAUCAAUAAGCCGUCUUCUUUUAUAGAUGUGAAUGAACAGGAUAGAAAUUCUGUAUCAGAGUUUGUUUCUUUGCCAAAGCAACCUGAGCAUCCUUUUGUAGAUGCUGACCACAAAAAUAAGCUUUCUGCGUUCUCUGUAACCUCUGUUUCCAAUGGCUCAGGAGAAGAAUCCCUUGAAAUGGAUGAACUUUCACCUGAUGUGGAGUCUGCACGCAUGUUGGAGGAAUAUGAUUUGCCAACUAGCUUUGGGAAACGAGAGCCAUCGCAGUCCAGGAAGAAAAAAUACAUCAAAUCUUGUCUUAAUGACGGUGGGAGUUAUGGGAAGAAAUACUUGAAGAAUAAAAUUUUCACCCCCGUUGAAGUGUUCGAUAUUUGCAAGUCUGAAGUUGAUGUUUUGAGACCUCCAACUCCUAGUGAUUUAUUUGAUGAUGCGAGAGAACCACUGAUGAAUCAGCUGAAUGCGAAGUCUAGGCAAUUAGUACUCAAACCAGGGAUGAUCUUGUUAAAGAGUUAUAUCUCCCUCAAGGAACAGGUUUCUAUAGUACAGAAAUGUAGGAAACUUGGCAUUGGACCCGGAGGAUUCUAUCAACCCGGUUACGAAACUGGAGCAAAGCUCCGACUGUAUAUGAUGUGCCUUGGUCUUGAUUGGGAUCCGCAGACAAGAAAGUAUCUUAAAAGAAGACGAAUAGAUAGAUCUAAGCCGCCUGAUAUUCCCCCUGAACUCUUAAGUUUGGUUGAUAGAGCAAUGCUAGACUCACAUGUUCUAAUAAAGAGAGAUAAUAAAGUUUGCAAUGCUGAACACAUCCUUCCCAAGAUGACACCUGAUGUUUGCAUAGUCAACUAUUAUACUGAGACUGGGCGACUUGGUCUGCAUCAGGAUCGCGACGAGACUACGGAAUCACUAGCCAAACAACUACCUGUUGUUUCUUUUUCCAUAGGGGAUUCAGCCGAGUUCUUGUAUGGGGAUCGAAGGGACACAAACAAAGCAGAAACGUUGAUUUUAGAAUCAGGAGACGUCUUAAUAUUCGGAGGUGAAUCAAGACAUAUUUUCCAUGGUGUUGCUUCCAUUAUACCGGAUUCUGCUCCUCGCGCCUUGUUGGAAGAAACCGGGCUUUGUCCUGGCAGAGUUAAUCUGACUUUUAGACAAAAUUAUGUAGCUUCUAAAGAUUUAACUUCUCAAUGAUCACAAUUAACGCCUUUAUAUAUGUGUUUAUUUUCAUUCGAAGCAUAAUGGAUUGUUCAUGUAUAUAGUUAUAUAUCAUUGCAUUUGGGCAAGAACGUGGGAUGAUUGAUGUUAGCUCAAUUGGGGUUGGGGUUGUUUUUUUACGCGACCACCGAAGUAUUUGGUGAAGUACUUUAUUGGUCAAUUUUUGCUAAUUUGAGUAUACAUAGAUGAUUGACGGGUCAAAUUAUCAAAUGU